AACCUUGCACACGUGUCUCUGUUGCAGAGUACGGCGUCUGUGAGAACUUGAGGAAGCUGGAGAUCACGGGUGUGUCCUGCCGGGACGUCUAUGCCAAGCGUAUAAAUCCGCGCGUGAAGUCCGGGCGCUUCAUGAGAAUCCUUCCUGACUACGAGCACAUGGAGUACAGGGACGUGUACACCUGCCUGCUUCAUCGAUACCGACAUAUUCUGGGAUUGUGGCAGCCAGACAUCGGGCCGUACGGAGGGCUCCUGAACGUGGUGGUGGACGGCCUGUUCAUCAUCGGUUGGAUGUACCUGCCGCCCCACGACCCUCACGUGGAUGACCCCAUGCGAUUCAAGCCUUUGUUUCGAAUCCACCUGAUGGAGCGGAAGUCGGCCACAGUGGAGUGUAUGUACGGCCACAAGGGGCCCCACAAUGGCCACAUCCAGGUAGUGAAGAAGGACGAGUUCUCCACCAAGUGCAACCAGACGGACCACCACCGGAUGGCGGGCGGGCGGCAGGAGGAGUUCCGGACGUGGCUGCGGGAGGAGUGGGGCCGCACGCUGGAGGACAUCUUCCACGAGCACAUGCAGGAGCUCAUCCUGAUGAAAUUCAUCUACACCAGUCAGUACGACAACUGCCUGACCUACCGCCGGAUCUACCUCCCGCCCAGCCGCCCUGGCGACCUCAUCAAGCCCGGCCUCUUCAAGGGCACCUACGGCAGCCACGGCCUGGAGAUCGUGAUGCUUAGCUUUCACGGCCACCGCGCCCGGGGCACCAAGAUCACGGGUGACCCCAACAUCCCCGCUGGGCAGCAGACUGUGGAGAUUGACCUGAGGUACCGCAUCCCGCUGCCUGACGUUGAGAAUCUCCGCAACUUCAACGAGCUCUCACGUAUCGUCCUGGAGGUUGGUGAGCAGGUGCGACAGGAGCAGCAGCAGGAGGCUGACGAGGGCCCCGCCCUGGCCCAGGAACAGCCGGCCCGGGAGGCAGAGGCGGUGCCUGCCGAGGACAGCAGGAAGCCUGAAGAUGGAGCGGCUGCAGCUGAGCAGGCAGCGCAGUCUGGCAAGGGGCAGCCAUUCGUGUUGCCCAUGGGCGUGAGCUCCAGGAACGAGGACUACCCCCGCACCUGCCGGAUGUGCUUUUAUGGCACAGGCCUCAUUGCCGGCCAUGGCUUCACCAGCCCCGAGCGUACCCCGGGCGUCUUUGUCUUGUUCGACGAGGACCGCUUCGGGUUCAUCUGGCUGGAGCUGAAGUCCUUCAGCCUGUACAGCCGGGUGCAGGCUGCCUUCCGGAAUGCAGACGCGCCAUCACCGCAGGCCUUCGAUGAGAUGCUCAAGAACAUCCAGUCCCUCACGUCCUGACUGCCAUGCCUGCCACGGGCUCGCCCGGUGCCCCGGUCGGGUCGGGCCCUGCCUCUGCGAACGGAAGCAGCAUGCACUUGGAAACGCAGCCUUCUUCCUGGAGCGCACCGCCUUGUCAGGCUCCUGGCCCGGCCCCCGAGACACUUUCUGUAUCGCGUGUAACGUGUUCCUGUACAUAGUUGGUAGCCAUGAAGGAAAGAGCUGAGCAUGUAAAACAGAGAAGGAAGGAGUGAGUGAGUGAGCAACGUGAAUCUGAACUAGAGUGGCGGCUCUGGGCUUGUGGGGACAGAAGCGGGGAGCUGGCCCUGGCGAGUUGGCUGUCUUCCAGCAAAGCAGGACCCUCCUGCAGGGGAUUAUGGUGCAAUAGCCAGGCAUCUUCCCCUGAGCAGGUAAAAUGAGCAUGUGUGAGGAGCCCUGCUCCAGCUGUCCCCCUGGACUCGUGGAACAGAAGCGCCCAUGGGCUCUGAGGGCCCAGGAGGUGGUGAGGAAAAGGUCCCGCCUAGGCAGGUGUGGAGAGGACGGUGUGCACAGAACAGAGCUCCUGGGAGUCGGCAGAACCUGAGGCUUGGGGUCAAGACCUUGGAUAGAAUUCCCAGUUCUCCCAUGACUCUCUCAGGGUUCGGGCAGAGGCAUCUCACCCUGAUCCUUUCCCUGUCAGUGAGAUCAGGCUGGCGGUACAGGCAGUAGGGAUGUCCCUGCAGACACACACCCGACACCAGUGCGGCUCCCUGGCAGCUGUCUGCACGGCCACGCUUGCGCUUCAGAGCCGAGGCUCCUGACACGACUGCCCCUCGGGGCUGGCUCCUGGUGCGUGCUGUUUUGUGCACACACCCCACCUGCCCGUCUUCUGCACCUGCUCCACACCCAGCUGCCUGGCAUUCACGGGGUGCCAGUCUCCGGGGCACAGGGCGGGCCCGAUGCUGCUUUCCUCUCGUUGCAUAGCGCGCACAGGUGUAGCUCUCCAGUGUGGCCACACAGGUCCCCUGGGAAGCCGUUUGCAGGUGAGAGCACAGCCUUCCAGACAGGGCUGUGUGCACUGCAGAGGCCGGGAUUGUUGAGGACCCUGCGGCAUGGAGAUCUCGAGUGCCACUGUGUCUUCGGGCAUCGUGCCCUUGCGGUUAACCCUGCAUUUGCAGACCCCCAGCUAAGAUCUUCCCAACAGUGCUCUCUGGAAGGACCGACCUCCUGGCGUCUGUCACGCUUUCUGCCCUGUAGCUUGUUCAGCCCUCAGUGGACUUGCGGUGUGCACCUCCCCCUUUUGGUUGCUGGCCCUUGGUGGCUGCUCUGAGCCCUCCUCUGGGCGCUCAGGAUUUACCUGCUGGUGAGAGAGCCCCUGGCAGUCACGUGAUGCCUCUGCCUAGAGAUCAACAGGUGACGUCCUGUGAAAUGUUUUCUAAUUAAUCUCUCCCUAACUGGCCUUAAACAAAAGUUCCACGGUCCUAACUUCUGUUCACUGGCAACUCCGUUCACUCCCAGAGGCAGAGCUGAGCAGCUCGGUGCCAGGGUCCCUGUGUGCACACCGCCCUGGCAGGCGCUGUGAGAUGGGUGGAGAGGCAGAGAGGCAGGUGGAGAAGGCGGGCACCCUGUUGGGCAGAGCAGGGUCCAUCACCUGCGAGGAGAGACACCCCGGGCUCUCCCUCCGGGGUGCUUCUGGAGGGACCUCCCGCGAGCUUCGAGGGCUUGGCCCCAGUUUCUAGCAGGUUUUGCAGGGUUGAGCCUGACAUCUUUGUCACUUCCUUGCCAGAUGAGGCAGCCCAAGAACGCUGGUUACCCUGACCACGAAGCUGCAAGGACAGUGGAGACCAAGGACAGUUGGGAGCAUAGGGUAUGGUUUUGUAAGUUUCACCACUAUUGGAAGAAAUUCAGGAGAACGCAUUUUCUACUCAGAGCCUGCGGCUUGCUCUAAGGGACCUUUCUCCAUCGGAGGAAUCCCUUCAGCGUUGUACAGAGCACAUUGAAGAGAAGUACUUCUGAUUAAAAAAAAUGCUCAAAUCUAAA